UCUAGAAACACCGAGCAUGAAUAACACGUGUUUAAGAGAGAUUAAAGAAUUUCAUUGUAUUUUUUUAAAACCCCAAAUGCUAGGUUUACUUUCUUAUUCACUUUCUCGUUCAUUCCGUUUGCUUUACUGAGACCAAACCAAGGAAAAUUCCAUUCUUGCAUUGAGAUUUUGCUAAUCCAUUCUUGGACCACUGGUUACAAUUGAGUACGACGCAAGGUCGAGGCAGUAAGCUUGAGAGGAGCUUGCGACUGGGAGUUUGAGAAAAAAUGCCUCCGAAGACUAUGAAGCUUAAAGGUGUUGCUUCAACGAGAAAUAGUAAAGGCAAAAAUCUUGUGGUUGCAAAAAUGAUGAAAUCUUGUUGUGAGCACUUGGCUCAAACCGCACAGACCAUAGCUGGUGCCAUUGGGAACCAGAAUCAGUUGCGACCUAGUAGUGUUAUGGACUUAAAGGAAUUCAGGAAAGUGAUUGGUGAUCGAGUGUUUAAUGGUACGGAAGAACCCAUAAAAGCUGAAAGGUGGUUAAUGAGUAUGAGAAAGAAGUUCGAUGCACAUUUAAUGGUUGAGGAAGAUAGGGUACGCUUUGCUACGUAUAUAUUUCGUGGUAAUGCAGAUGAUUGGUUGAAUUCAGAGAAGCGAAUGAGAAAUGUGAUGGAUAUGUCAUGGGAACAGUUUGAAGAUUUGUUCCUUGACAAGUAUUUUUCUCCUACAGCAAGAUCCUUGAGGUGUGCCGAGUUUUCAGUGUUGAAGCAAGGAGAUAUGACGGUCACACAGCUAGAUAAGAAAUUUAGUGAGCUAGAACGUUACGGGAAACACUUAGAUGAAACGCCAGAGUUGAAGGCUCUAAAACUUGAGGGUGCUUUGAAGGCUUGUUAGAUCAUUUCUCGAUCGAACUCGCAAGCGUUGCUACCUCAAGCUUGUUUAUCAAAUUUAAUUGUCAAAACAAUAUGUCUUGAUUUCUAGUCUACUUAUAGCUAAGUCUCGGACUAGGAUAGUUAAGUGUAGUUGAGCUCCAGACUCCACGGUGAUCAUCUUACGAAGACGAAGAACUACUCAAGGAACCACUGGAACUUCAUCCGACUAAAAGGUAUGUGGAGACUUUAACUUAUCUAUCACUCAAAAGUAUAUCUACUCUAUCUCUUACUCUUGAGACAAAAGUCGUAUAAGUAUGAUAAUUUUCAUACAUACACAUUUGUUAUUUUGAGCCGAGUUUACUCGCCUAUUUAUUUCUCGAAAUAUGUGUUGGUAAGCUUUCGCUUUAA